UGGGUCCGGACUCGCACCCAGACCCGACCCGACCCGCCCCCAGCCAGCCCUGACUGCGCCAUGCGGGGACCCGUCCUGGCUCUGUGGCUUUUCCUGUCCCUGCGCACUGCGCUCAGCGGGAUGGAGGUGCGGUGGUGCACCACCUCAGACCCGGAGCAGCAGAAAUGUGGCGACAUGAGCAAGGCCUUCCAGGAAGCGGGCAUCCAGCCCCCCCUCCUCUGCAUCCAGGGCACCUCGGUGGACCACUGCUUCCAGCUCAUCGCGGCCCAGGAGGCUGAUGCCAUUACUGUGGAUGGAGGAGCCAUUUAUGAGGCAGGAAAGCAGCACGGCCUGAAGCCCGUGGUGGGCGAAGUGUAUGAUCAAGAGGUUGGGACCUCCUAUUAUGCAGUGGCUGUGGUAAAGAGGAACUCCAGCGUGACCAUAAACACCCUGAAAGGUGUGAAGUCUUGCCACACAGGCAUCAACAGGACAGUGGGCUGGAACGUGCCUGUGGGCUACCUGGUGGAGAGCGGCCGCCUCUCAGUGAUGGGCUGUGAUGUACUCAAAGCUGUCAGUGACUAUUUUGGGGGCAGCUGCGUUCCUGGGGCAGGAGAGACUAGUUAUUCGCAGUCCCUCUGUCGCCUCUGCCGGGGUGACACCUCUGGGGAGGGCAUAUGUGACAAGAGCCCUCUGGAGAGAUACUAUGACUACAGUGGAGCCUUCAGGUGCCUGGCAGAAGGCGCAGGUGAUGUGGCCUUUGUGAAGCACAGCACAGUGCUGGAGAACACAGACGGGAAAACGCUGCCUUCCUGGGGCCAGGCGCUGCAGUCACAGGACUUCCAGCUGCUGUGCAGGGAUGGCAGCCGAGCUGAUGUCACCGAGUGGAGACAAUGCCACCUGGCCCGCGUGCCCGCCCAUGCCGUAGUGGUUCGGGCAGACACGGAUGGGGGCCUCAUCUUCCGGCUGCUCAACGAAGGCCAGCGUCUGUUCAGCCAUGAAGACAGCAGCUUCCAGAUGUUCAGCUCUGAAGCCUAUGGCCAGAAGAACCUGCUGUUCAAGGACUCCACCUCAGAGCUGGUACCCAUCGCCACGCAGACCUAUGAGGCCUGGCUGGGACCCGAGUACCUGCACGCCAUGAAGGGUCUGCUCUGUGACCCCUACAGGCUUCCCCACUACCUACGCUGGUGUGUGCUGUCCACGCCCGAGAUCCAGAAGUGUGGAGACAUGGCUGUGGCCUUCAGCCGGCAGAGGCUCAAGCCAGAGAUCCAGUGUGUGUCAGCCCAGUCGCCUGAGCACUGCAUGGAGCAGAUCCAGGCUGGACACAUUGAUGCUGUGACCCUAAGUGGAGAGGACAUUUACACAGCAGGGAAGGUGUAUGGCCUGGUCCCAGCAGCUGGGGAGCUCUAUGCUGAGGACGACAGGAGCAGCUCGUACUUUGUGGUGGCUGUGGUGAGGCGGGACAGCGCCUACUCCUUCACGUUGGACGAGCUGCGUGGCAAGCGCUCCUGCCACGCUGCUUUCGGCAGCCCCUCGGGGUGGGAUAUCCCCGUGGGCGCCCUCAUCCAGAGGGGCUUCAUCCGGCCCAAGGACUGUGACGUCCUCACUGCCGUGAGCGAGUUCUUCAAUGCCAGCUGUGUGCCAGUGAACAACCCCACGCAUUACCCUUCCUCGCUGUGUGCGCUCUGCGUGGGGGAUGAGCAGGGCCGCAACCCGUGCGUGGGCAACAGCCAGGAACGCUACUACGGCUACAGCGGGGCCUUCAGGUGCCUGGUAGAGAAAGCCGGGGAUGUCGCCUUCGUCAAGCACACCACUGUCUUUGAGAAUACAAACGGCCACAAUCCCGAGCCUUGGGCUACUGGACUCAAGUGGCAGGACUAUGAACUACUUUGCCCCAAUGGGGCCCGGGCCGAGGUGAACCAAUUUGAAGCUUGCAACCUGGCACAGAUCCCCUCCCAUGCUGUCAUGGUGCGGCCAGACACCAACAUCUUCACUGUGUUUGGACUGCUGGACAAGGCCCAGGACCUGUUUGGAGAUGAUCACAAUCAGAAUGGGUUCAAAAUGUUCGACUCCUCCAAAUACCACAGCCAAGACCUGCUCUUCAAGGAUGCUACAGUGCGGGCAGUGCCUGUCAGAGAGAAGACCACGUACCUGGACUGGCUGGGGCCUGACUAUGUGGCGGCUCUGGAGGGCAUGCUGUCUCAGCAGUGUUCAAGAGCAGCUCCCCCAGCUUCGCAGGCCCUUCUGCUGCCACUGCUUCUGCUGCCCCUGGCUGCUGGCCUUGUCCCAUCUGCCCUCUGA